UAGUGAACAAAAACACUGACUGACACAAGCAAAUAUGUCGAAUGAGAUCUUAGUAAUCCCUUUCUUCGGGCAGGGCCAUCUCUUCCCUUGCUCCGAGCUCUGCAAACACUUAGCAGCCCGAAAUUACCAAAUUACCCUCAUUAUCCCUUCUUUUCUCUCCUCCUCCAUCACUCCUUCUCUUCGCAACCAUCCUCUCAUCAAAAUCUCUGAGCUCCCUGACCUUCCUUCCUCGGCGGAUUCCGGCGGACCGAUGCAUCACCACCACCACAAUGUCCAACCCCUUUCCGAUCUUCUCUCAUGCCGAGUCAACAACGGCUUAGAUUCUUCGAUGCCCAUCUGUGCGAUUGUUGACGUAAUGAUGAGCUGGGGCAACGAAACCAUCAAAAAGUUCCAGAUCCCGAUCAUCAGUUUCUUCACCUCCGGCGCUUGUUCCGCCGCCAUGGAGUACGCCACGUGGAAGCUCCAGCCCCUCCCUGAGAAACCGGCACCUGGUUUGACUAUAGCUCUUCCUGGCUUGCCGGAGGAUAUGAGUCUUACCUUCUCUGAUCUGACUCAAAGUGAUCAUCCUCCACCCCCACACGAUCAUGGAUCUCUGCCGCCACACCACCACCCUGGUGGUGGUGGUGGUGUCGGUGGCUUUCCGCCACCACCAGGCCCACCACCGACACCUGGUCACAGACCGCCGUGGGUCUCCGAAACGAAGGACUCUCUCGCCUUGUUGAUCAACACGUGUGAUGAUCUGGAACGUCCAUUCAUUGAAUAUGUUUCCAAUCAGAUGGGGAAGCCGGUUUGGGGCGUGGGCCCACUUUUGCCGGAACAGUAUUGGAAAUCUGCUGAUUCGACUCUUCACGACCGUGAGAUUCGUACUCAACGGAAAUCUAGUGUUAGCGAGGAUGAAGUUAGCGAAUGGUUAGAUUUGAAGCCACGUGGAUCUGUCAUCUACGUGUCCUUUGGUUCGGAAGUGUCUCCAGGGACUGAACAGCUAGCUGAACUAGCGGAUGCGUUAGAGGAGUCGAACAUGCCGUUUAUUUGGGUCGUCCAGUCAAGUAAUCACGGUCCACCCGGAGGCCCUCCAGGCCCAGCCGAUCCACCCGGUGGUCCUCCAGGCCCAGCCAGUCCACCUGGUGGUCCUCCAGACCCAUCCGGUGGAGGAGGUGGCGAUGUAUUCUUUCCUGAUGGCUUCGCUGACCGAGUAGGAGGGAGGGGUUUGAUCAUAAAGGGGUGGGCACCACAGCUUCUGAUCCUGAGUCACCCAUCAACGGCUGGAUUUUUAUCGCAUUGCGGGUGGAACUCAACAGUAGAAGCGAUCGGGCGAGGUGUGCCGUUGCUUGCUUGGCCAAUACGUGGUGAUCAGCACCAUAACGCAAAACUAGUUACGUGUCAUCUUAAGGUUGGUUUGAUGAUCCAAGAAGGUGAUCGAUCGAAGCCGAUCACGAAGAAUGAUAUACUGUGUGGGAUCACAAAUUUUAUGGCUGAUGAUGAGACCAGGAAAAGAGCAACUUUACUCCGUAAUGCAUUCGAUCAUGGCUUCCCGCCCAGCUCCUUGGCUUCUCUAGAUGCUUUACGGGAUUUUCUCAACAAAAAUUUUCAACACAAAUGACAAAAAUGUCCAUCCAAUGGCCAUUGCAACAUAAAAGUAAAUUUUUUUUUU